CCUGUGGAAAACAAAAGCUGUCAAACAACGAUAGAAAAUAUUGCCGUAUAAAUUCUAAAGCUGAAUACAGCAUCUGAAAUUUAAAAUUUGUGAAAACUAAGCGAUUAAAUAGGUAAAUUUAAAACGUAUUACUUUUAUCAACACUAUCACACUUUACGAUAUGACUCCGGAAUUGAACCUCGAUGGGGACAACCCCGCUCAGCAACAUUUUUCGGCACAUAAUCCAAUAGAACAGUAUGUGCUGCUUUCGAAGAGUGCAAAAGGGGCUGCCUGUUUGGAACUGAUCAAACAAGUCCUCGAAGCUCCAGGAGUGCACGUUUUUGGUGAGCUUCUAGCCAUGCCGAAUAUAACAGAGCUUCAAGGAGGAGCAAAUGCCAGCUAUUACAACGCACUGAAUAUGUUUGCGUAUGGUACAUAUCGACAGUAUUUGGAUAAUCAAGCUCAGGUUAUUCAGUUGACCCCUGUGAUGCGAAAGAAGCUGCAGCAUUUGACCAUUGUAUCGCUAGCCAUCAAAACGAAGUGCAUUCCCUACAAGGAACUGCUGCAAGAGCUGGAUAUAAAGCAUGUUAGAGAUUUGGAAGAUCUGAUAAUCGAAGCGAUUUAUGCGGACAUAAUUCACGGCAAAUUGGAUCAGAAAAACAAACAGCUCGAGGUCGAUUAUGCUAUUGGACGUGACAUACGAAAAGGUGACGUAAGCGAGAUUGUCGGAACCCUGCAGGAGUGGUGCGAUUCUUGCGAAACAAUUUUGGUUUGCCUCGAGAACCAGAUCCAUCGCGCGAAUUCAGAAAAGCAAAAACGAUUGAAGCACAAAGAAGCGAUCGAAACUGAGAUAACGAAUCUAAAGAAGCUGAUUAAAGUGCAGGCUGGAAAUGACUCUGACGAAGCUAUGGCCACAGAUUCCGGACGGGAGAUGUCCGUUGGAAAUCCGGAUCCUCGCAAGAAACCAAUCAAGCAGAAAAACCUGAAAGUAGGCGGUACGGCGAAAGCGCACUCGAGACAGCUGCCCUAACCUGGCAAAAAGGAAUGGAUUAGGCUAAUUGAUUGUUUGGCGAAUUUUGUAAAUAAACAUAUGUUUUGAGCAUUUUUAUAAUCCCUA